AUGGUUUCAGGAAAGCGCACUGGUGUAUACGGUGGCUAUCUGCUCGCGUGCUACUGCCCUGAGUCGGAGGAAUAUCAGAGUAUUUGCAAGAUUGGUACUGGAUUCAGUGAUGAGGAUCUUAAGUCGCAACAUGAGCUGCUGAAAGAAUACGUCAUCGAGAAAGCCCGACCCUACUACGUUUUCGAUGAUGCUUCAAAACCUGAUAUCUGGUUCGAUGCUAAUGUCGUUUUUGAAGUGAAAUGCGCUGAUCUGUCUAUAUCACCUCUGUAUUCUGCGGCAAUUGGUACAGUGGAUCCUGACAAAGGGAUAUCGCUCAGAUUUCCUCGUUUUGUUAGAAUAAGAGAUGACAAAAAAAGCAGAUGA